ACACACACUUAUUCACAGCAAUCACAAACACAACUAAGAAACCAAACCAAUCAGCGUUGUUCCAAAGAAACUCCACAUGUCACGUCGCCCCCACGCGCCGCCGCCGCCCCCGCCGCCGAGGCCACUCUACAAGCAGCAGUCGUGGUCGCCGGACACGCUCCGCGACGAGGCCUGGCAGCGGCGGAAGGACAACAGCCACCACAUCAGCGGCGACAACCACCGCUGCAGCCACCGGCUGAGCAAGAGCCUCUCGGAGGACGACUUGGACGAACUGAAGGCGUGCUUCGAGCUCGGGUUCGGGUUCGAUUCGCCCGAAAUCGACCCGAAACUAUCGAACACAAUCCCCGCUUUGGAGUUGUACCAUGCCGUUAACAAACAGUACAAUCACCACAGCUUGUCUAGGUCAUCCUCUUCGUCUUCCCUUGUCUCUGACAGCGACAUUGCUAGCCCCACCACUAUAUUCAAUCCUGGGGAUGAUUUGGCUGCGAAGAAGACUCGUUUGAAGCAAUGGGCGCAGGUGGUUGCUUGUUCAGUGCGGGAAUCUUCUUCAUCUUCUUGUUCAAACCCUUCCGACCAAGUUAAUUACUAGUUUUUGAAUACCUCAGACAUGUACCAGAAGCCCGCAGGAACAAGACCAUUGUGAAUUAAAUUGGACUCUGAUUUGUUCAUAGAUAUUCUAUGGUGGUUUCUUUUAAGUUUUUUUUUUUUAUAAAAGAUUUGUUAUUUAUGUUUCACAAUUUGAUGUUGACUAAUGUAAUAUAGAUGUGGCUGUGUACAUUUGCGGACUCAAACAUUAGUUGUGUUAAUUUGAGUUCUUUUGCAAGUGGCUAGAUGUCCGAGGAGGCUGAAUUUAGGUUGAUUGACUGGUUGGUGAUUCUUUUCAAUACAAAUGUUAGCAUUGAUGUGUUUUAUUGUUCA